AUGAUAGGGCUAGAGCAACGACAAGCUGCCCUUAAAGAAUCGACCAUAUUGCAAGACUUGAGCGCUCACCCGAAUGUCAUUACAUAUUUCAACAACAAGUUAGAUAGAAAGAAGCAGAUUCUCCACAUCAUCAUUGAAUACGCGGAUGGCGGCGACUUGGAGCAACAAAUUCACUUGCGGCGCAACCUGCUUGAGGAGCAGCUUGAAGCUGGACGCACAAAGAAUGAGUCAUCCCCACCAAGCGCCGAUCACCAGGACCUGAGCAACUACGCCCCAUUUUUUUUCAAAGAGGAACAUGUCCUUUUGGUAUUCGUCCAAACACUCGCCGGUCUAUUGCAUCUACACUCCAGGAGUAUUCUUCAUCGCGAUAUCAAAAGCCAAAACAUCUUCUUAUCUAGCGACGGCUUGAUCAAAUUGGGAGACUUCGGAAUCGCAAGGCGGCUCAAUAAGGACAACAUGGCAGAAACAUAUGUUGGAAGUCCAUGCUACAUGUCUCCGGAACUUUACAAACGGGAGCCAUACAACUACAAGAGCGAUAUUUGGGCUUUAGGCUGCGUCCUCUUCGAGCUGUGCUGUCUGCGAAAGCCCUUCCACGGUUCCAAUAUCGUGGUCCUGGCGAUGCAGGUUACGCGCAACAAACCUCCAGCGCAUCUUGACACUCCUCCUGGUUUGUAUCCCCCUCCGUUGCACCACUUGGUCAAUCGCAUGCUUCAGGUUGACCCGGCUGAGAGACCAUCGGCUGCCGAGAUCAUGGCCACUCCGUAUAUACUGAGGUCCAUGAAGAAGCUGAUUAAAAGGUACCCUCAACUGCACUACCUACAAUGCUACCUCAACGACCUCUCCUGUUCAGUUGCAAAAGAACUUCCUCCCUCGAAUCCUCCGUUUGAUGGCUGUGACAGCUCUGAAGCUAAUACAGCGUCAGCGGAACAUUUCCCAGAGAAUUCGUACCAUGCGGAAAUAAAGUACAAUUCAGAGCCGCUGCCUGCAGCGUCAAAUGUUGAAUCUAAGACGAAGCCUGCUGCCGAGAGAGUUGGUGGCAGAAGCAGUACGCGCCCCGUCGCGGGUAACAAUGAGGACAAGGUCUACCUCUCUGACGAGCCUCAACGACCCUCCUUCAUCACCCUGAAAGCUCUCCUCAAUGAGUCGCUUGUCUUCGACGAGUAA